AUGACCAUACCACCACUGACGAUCCGCAACUUAACCGUUACCCCUCUCGAGUUGAAGGCGGUGGAGCGAUUCGAAGCUGGAGGCUCGACCAGGAAUAAUGGCAAUGCUGGUGGCGUUGCAAAUAUUACACGAGCCCUCACUGGGCUGAUGAACAACUUCACCAGUCCAUCCUCGCCCGAUCUUGCUGCAAAGUCAGACAGUUUCAGUGCCCAAGACAUCUCCAUACCUAUUGCUCCAUUUGAGUCAAAGACAACCGACAUCCAACCAAUUGCCAAUCAAGUCUUGCGAUUAACGGUGGAAGCAGACGGGCAACGAUAUAGAAUCGAUACCCCAACACUGUCACAACGUUCUACGCUUCUGUCGCCAAUCUCGCCAGACCCUCGUUUCGAGUUCACCGGGGUGUUCAUACCGAGCUCCUCGCAUCUUGCUUUAUAUUCUUCCGCAAAGCUAGAAUCAUGGAUGAGCAAGCUCAAGGACGAGAUACCACUCUCUGCGCUCAGUAUUCCAGGGACACAUAACUCUCCAACACACCACACUGCUCUUCCUUCUGUUCGGUGUCAGGCGGUAGGUGUUAAAGAACAACUCAACAACGGUGUACGAUUCCUCGAUCUUCGAGUUCAGCCAGAAAAUCCGGAUGAUCCUUCCAAGGACGGACUGGUACUCGUCCAUAGCGCAUUCCCCAUUUCCCUCACUGGUAACAAGUACCUCCGUGACCUCCUCAAUACCGUUCAUUCGUUUCUGGAUGCCAAUCCCAGCGAGACUGUCAUCAUAUCACUGAAGCGUGAAGGGGUGGGAAAGGCCACAGAUCAACAGCUGAGCAAGAUCCUCCAUACUCAUUAUGCAAAUGAUACAACCCGUUGGUUCUUCGAGAACCGUAUUCCUACUUUAGGCGAAUCCCGGAAAAAAGUUGUUUUGAUCCGGCGGUUUGCUCUGGAUGAGUCUUUAAAAGGAGAGCAGGGUGGUAAAGGAUGGGCAAUCGAUGCGGAAAGCUGGCCAGACAACUGCGCCGAUGGGACUUGUUCCAGUGGAGAGAUUCGAGUCCAAGACUUCUAUGAAGUUGCAGAGAGUGAGAACAUCCAGAAAAAGAUCGGCUUCUCAACCGACCAAUUGGCGAGAGCGGCUCAGGCAGUAUGUGCUUUGCCCGGACAUGCAAAUGCUGCCGCUGGGGAGGCAGCAAAGCAACCGUUCUUUAUGAACUUUCUCAGUGCCUCAAAUUUUUGGAGGGCAAAUUGCUGGCCAGAUCGGAUUGCUGCGAAAGUAAAUCCAUCGAUCGUGGAGUAUCUGUGUCGCCAGCACAAUGCUACUGCCGGGCAACCUGGCGAUGGAAGUACUGGAAUUGUAGUUUGCGACUGGGUAGGAAUCGGCGGAGACUGGGAUCUUGUCCGUUGCAUUGUAGGUAUGAAUGCUAAACUUCAAAUGAGGUAA